AUGUUGGGAGCAUGUGAAAUUUGUAACGAAAAAGAACGAAAAUAUAGAUGUAAAACGUGCUUUUUACAUUACUGUUCAGUGGUGUGUUACAAAAAGCACCAAGAGCAACCGUGUGAACCACCACCAGCAGCAUUAGGAACUGAAGCAACAGUUCAGGAAGGCCGUGUUCCAAAGAAAAUCAUUCUGUUCAGUACAAUAGAUACCGUUCCGGUGGAAAAGCUAGAGCUGCUUGGUCAAAGUGAGCAUCUGAAGAAUAUGCUUUACAAUCCACAUUUAAGGCAGCUGCUGACGGAGAUUGAUAGUGCUAGGGAUGGAAUGAAUGCCGUGAAGGUCGCCAUGAUGGAACCGCUCUUUGUGGAGUUUGCUGAUGAAUGUCUUCGACUAGUUGAACCAGAGGAAGACGCGUCCCAAGAUAAUCUGAACGAGCUAGUCUUUACGAACCGGCAACAUCGGAGGUAGUGCCCAAGGAGAUGCAAAAAUGUGAUAUUGUCCGAACAAAAUUUGACGAUUUUCUUUGUAUUAUCAGUCCAGAAUUAAUUACAUUUCAACACUUAUAUGAUAGAUAAAGAACAAACAAAAAGAUUGUCGAAUA